AGCCCAUUUAAAAGCCCGUAAAAGCCCGUUUCAUCGUCAUCCCAUCGCAAUUCGUAAACGUAUUAUUCUUCUUCUUUCAAUUUCGUUGUCUCGAUUCUUCAAACUUUAGGAGACCCGAGUUAUGUUCUGAUAUCGCGUAGAUGGCAUCGAAUCCUUACAGAGGCGGUGCGGCUCCGUACAGAUCCGGAGAUGGGCUUAGCACUAGAACCGGUACUGGGUCAGAGGAAAUCCAGCUAAGGAUUGAUCCCAUGCACUCUGACCUAGACGAUGAGAUCACUGGUCUCCAUGGUCAAGUCAGGCAAUUGAAAAAUAUUGCUCAAGAAAUUGGGUCAGAAGCAAAGUUUCAGAGGGAGUUCUUAGAUGAGCUGCAAAUGACAUUGAUGAGAGCGCAAGCAGGAGUGAAGAACAAUAUACGGAAACUAAACUUGAGCAUCAUACAGAGUGGCAACAAUCAUAUCAUGCAUGUGGUUCUUUUCGCGCUAUUCUGCUUCUUUAUCCUCUACCUGUGGUCCAAGAUGUUCAAAAGAUGAAAGACUCAUCAUCGUAUUUGAUACUCUCUACCCCCCGGAAGAAUACUUGAUGAAAAUGUUGGAAAGCUGUAGAGAUAUCUUUUAGUUGCAGACAUUCUUGUGUGUUCUUCUCGUUCGCUGUUAUAUAUAGUGCUUAUUUUGAACACAUUCAUAGAAGCAAAAGCAAGAUUAUGUCACAUAACCGCCGCUUGAGAGACUUGUAGGCUUUAUUUAUAGCUUCUAUUUCAUUUCUUUGUUAGACCAA